AUGACACGAGCAGCAACAUCAGUCUGACAGAGGUUGAUUAAAAUGCACGAGUUGAAGAAGAAACAAUGAUAGUUCAAAAUCUAACUCAAAAUAAAACUACAGCAGGCAACAUUAAAGAAGUUCUAGAAUUGUGAAAAAAUAUGGUUUUGUUUUUCUUCAUUAGCAUGGGACGACAUCCCUGUAAGACAUCAGCCAAACGACCAUACCUUGACCGCAAUAUCAAGCAAAAUUACCGUGUUGGCAGAGCGAAACAAUGACUUGAAGCCUGCUACUUCUUGUUCUUUCUAGCAUGAUUUACAAUUGACCAACCACGACGACGACCAAAACCAAUUCCAACAAGCACGACCACAUAGUAAUCAAAAAAGAUGCCUUAUACCGUUAAAUUCAAGUCAAAGGAUGGCGAUGCCUUUGACUUGGAGAUCGAGGAUGCGGAGAGUACCAUUGAGGAACUCAAAAUACGUCUCAUCAGCAUGGACGAAUCCUACGACGGGUGCAACCUGAUCUUCGCUGGGAAGAUAUGUACUCAUUGUUAACGAUAUUUUGACGGGAUUCCUUUGCUUUUUUGAAGCAACACGAACAUCAUAAUCAUAACGCAGCAUGAGGACCUAGAAGUAUCUUCAACAUUAUGACGAUGAGAAAAACGCAAUAGAAGUGGCAUCCUGAGCUGAAUUUUUGUCCAAGUUUAUCUUAAAAGCAGUGUUUUUGUCCUUGGGACUGAGGACCAGGAAGCUCGCGUUGCAUUCUUCUGAUUUUCAGGUAAAGACUCCGCCACGCUGGCCUCGUGUGGGAUGGUCGAGGGUGCGAGUGGAGCAUGUGUGGUCAUGAAAAAGAAGAAAGCGGCUCCGGAACCACCAGCUGCCGUACCAGAUCCAACGCCUGUCGUCCCAGCUGCGAGCGCGACAGCAGCAGGAACAAGCGCAGCAAGCUCUUCCACAGGAGCGGGGGGAGCAUUAUGAUGCCAUCUCACAUGAUUUUAGAAGAGACAGUAACUGAGUAUAUCAAUGAUCUCCGAUUUGAAAGACGACGACAAAUCUCUGUUUCCUUCUAACAUGAUCAUGAUGAUACAGAGGGAAUCUCGAGAUCGAAUUCGGGUUUGUAGUUGUACAUGUACUAGAUGUCCUUCGUUUUGCAUAACAAAAAUUACAUGUGAAGUAGGCUUGAGCAUUGGAAGUAGUCCCUUUCUCUCGUCUGUCUAUGUCUUCUAAUCCCUGCAGCCGCAGCCCAAGCACCCUCAGCAGCUCCAGUCGAGGUGGAUCCGGCUGUUGUGGACACCAUCAUCGCCAUGGGAAUAAGUACGGACAGGAAGUUUAUCGAGGAUAUGAUACGGAAGUGCAAUGGUAACGCAGACCAAGCAAUGGCUUGGAUACUCGAGCCAGAACAAAUGAUGCAGUUAAGACUUAACUGAUGAACUAAAACUGUCAGAGAAGAUCAGCUUUUUUUACUACUGAACCUUAUCCAUGUUCGGUACAUCUCACACUGAGAAAGAUCGAGAUGAAGUAUCGUCAAGAACAACGAUCCGAAACCGUAUUGAAUUGAAGAAAUGACUAGGGAAUUCUCUAAUACCAGAGGAGAGGGAGGCACGGCAUCAGGCACAGAGGCGGCGCGCAGAUAGAGCGAAGGAUAAGCUAAACGUUCUACCGUAUACCGAGAGAAAUUGGGCAGGACUGAUUCCAGAUGGAAUCUUGGUACAGCUUACAAUGCAAGUACAAGUGGAAGUGCAUUGAAGUUGAAGAAUUUGAAUCUAUUUCAACCUCUGUGGUCUUCAUGGACUCAACAAUAGAUUUGGACUUGAAUAUAAAUGACAAAAAUUUCUUAGAGGACCUCAUAAGUAGUCAGAAGAUGUGACCCCAAGAAUUCCAUCAACAUCAGCUGAACGGCGGCACAUCCGUCAUCGAUGCGCAGACAUUUUUUGAAGGGCCUCAGACAGCGCGUGAGAGCGUUAUGUUCCUCUUAGGGACCGGCAGUGCGUCGCGGACGCGGCAACUUGUACAAACUUUGUCCAUGGUGUACGUAGCUGCGGAGGCACAGCUUUCUGUAGUCUACAUCCCAACCGGAGAGCAAGACGAGGGCAAGUUUGGAGACUUGCUACGAACGAUGCCUUGGGCUAGUAUGAAUUACGAAAAUCGUCCUUGUUUAACAUUAACAAUUUGAAUGAUUAAUAGUUGCUAGUGCUAAAACGUAAAAAACGGCCAUCUUCAAGGCCAACGCAAUCGUCUCUAGAAGUCAGAGAUACGCGCAGCCGAGAACGACUUCAUCACAAGACUAGAACUUUUGAUUUUGUGAGAAGCUCUAACUCAUGUUCAAAUCCGCAGCCGCCGCAGCCGUAAUGAAACGAUUUGAGAUGCAAUUUUCUGAUGGUUCUGUACUCCUCCACAGACCGAGCGGUCAAGUUUGGUCGUUCUCUGCUGUCUCAGAUCUCGCUAUUCUUAAGGCUUGUUUCCAAUAUUGUAUUCCUUGGUUGUAAGAAGAAGGAGGUUUGACACAUAGUUCGUGAUUGCUUUGCCACGUAUAUUUUCAAGGGGAAAACAAAAAGAAAUCAAUAACAGAGUAGUUUAUAGCACGUAUGGAGUGCAUGGAGUAGCGUGGAGUGCAUGGAGCGCAGAGCUCUAAGGGGCGCAAGAAGCUCCCCCUUUAGCUCCAUGCGAUCCAUGCACUCCAUGCCGUGCGAGCUGUGAAACCUUAUAAAUUGCUCUGCAAUAACGAAAACAAUGCGUUCCUUGACUCAAAAUGAAUAUACACUGGGAAGAAGCUCUAAUAUUCACAAUUUUGACUACAGCACAGCAAGAGUGCACUGGUCAGCGAGAGGACACAUAGGAAAGCCAGCACCCUUUACUAAGGAGAAUCCAACUGGUGCUGGAACUGGUAGUCAAGGAAGCGGGUCCAUGACGGGAGGAGCGACAGCUUCGUCGUCAAGCAGUGUUGCAGGAGGUGGCGGCAUGCCAGCGGUGGCUCCUUUUCCGAGUACCUUUGUUUAAUGAAAUAUCACGUCUUUGGCCUUCCUCGGUUCAUGAUCAACAUCAUGAAACAAGACUUAAACUCCUACUUUUGAAUUGAUGUUAGUGAUGAAAUUACUCUUUGUCUCUCUCUAUUUGAGGACGUCCUCCAUUAUGAUUCCUGCCGCCUCAUGAUGCAAAAGGAAGUAGUGUGUCGUGGUCUUUUUUACCCCUGGAGUGGGUACAUUCACUCACUCACUCACUCACUGACUCACUCACUCACUCACUCACUCACUCAUCGUCAUCAGAUCCCAACUCCCUCCCUGGCAUGGCUUCUAGUGGUUCUGGAGCGGCUGCGCGCAUGCCCCAACAAUCCGCGCCCUCAAAUCCCCCACCCCCAACGACCGAAACGACAGCUGUUCUUCCUGGCGGAUCUGCGGAUGUGACGAAGGGUCAAAUAAGGCGGAGAAUAUAGAUAUUUAUUUCAUAAGGAUAACGAGUACUCAAAUAAGGAUCAAAUAAGGUACAGGAUUAGGAUAGCAAAUAGACUCAAAGAAGGCACGGAAGUAUAUUUCAUUCCAUUGAUUUGCAUAUAAUGUUGAUUGUUUUGCAUUUCCAAAUCGACAGGUUCUUUCUCUCUCAUUGCUCUUUACUUUUAGGAUUGGUUCUCCCAUCAAAAUGAUAAUGGCGACCCAAGAAAAGGAAAUGAACCCAAAAAUUUCGACUUUCUUGCUGAGCUCUAACUCAAGUCGAAGAAGCCGUAUCGGACUUAUGUGAAAAAGGCACGUUUGAGGCACAGGAGGAGUUUUUUGCGACAGCUCUUAAAGUUUUCAACAACAUCUACGACAAACCUGCGGAAGUUAAGUUCCAGAGUAUCAAGAGUACAAACGCGAAACUCUUUGGUCCGUACCAGUUCAGGGGCGAUGAAAUGACGGAUGAGACGGGAGGUAUUUUUGACCUUCAUCUUCAUCUUCUACUACCAAGUGCUGGCUCUACUCAAUGGAAGAAAAUUACUUAGAAUGUAGUUGGGCGAAUGGUUAUUUUGUAGUGAAACAUAUAGAUACUAUGAAUAGUAAUAUACAAUCACGAAUUUUCUAUUUCUUCCUCGUCUUCUUAAAAUCCUUCGAAACGAUCCAUCUGCACGAUCAACAUUUCUUCCGCCCGAUCAAACAGUCCGUCCUGGUCUCUCGGUUUUUGGCCUAGCCGGCUUCGCUCAAGAUGGAGAAAUGCAAAAGUGGAACGCUAAGGGUGAACCUGUAGAGUCCGUCCGCGCACGCCUGAUCGCAGUACGCAAUCACGUGUUUGCCAUCGGCAAGACGCAACAUGAAGCAAAAUACCGGUUUGAACGGGACCAGAAGAUCAAAGAGGAGAUGGAGAAGGACAAGGGCCGACAAGCGAAAUAUGGCGAAGGAACCGGUGCCGGUGGCGGUCGUAUGAACCUGGGACAAGACAGGAAGAAACGCGGUGGCGGCUGA